GUUACAUAAAGCCAUCACCUGUCAAUUCCCGCUGCUUUAGUAGCAGAUCUGUUUUCUUUGUGGGUCCGUUCUCAGUGACAAAACCGCGAGGCCCAGAUUUUUCCGCCAUUAUUUUUUCUUCAUCAGUUCAAUGCGAAUCAGAGGAAUUUCAGAAUCAACGUGAAGAAGAUGAAGAUGCAUAUAGAGAUUAUUCUGUGUUCAUUCAUAUUCUUAGUUCUCGCUCCACGGAGCAUUUACUCCGAAGAGCGACUCCUGGUUGCCAUGACUCUAGUUAAAAACGCCGCUGCUGGCGGCGCCGUCUGUUUGGAUGGAAGUUUGCCGGCGUAUCAUUUGCACAGAGGAUUUGGCGCUGGAGCAAACAACUGGAUUCUACAGUUUGAGGGUGGUGGUUGGUGUAAUGACGUAUUGUCUUGCUUGGAGAGAGCCGAAACGCGCCGUGGAUCAACUCGUUACAUGAGCAAGUUGGAAGUCUUCUCUGGCAUCUUAAGCAACAAUGUCUCCUUCAAUCCAGAUUUUUACAACUGGAACCGUGUGAAGCUGAGAUACUGUGAUGGAGCCUCAUUUUCUGGAGAUAGUAAGUUUUACAACGGGACGUCAUUACUUUAUUUCAGAGGGCAGAAAAUUUUUGAAGCAAUCAUCCAUGAUCUUCUGCCCAAAGGGUUGUCAAGUGCACGCAAGGCAUUGCUUUCAGGUUGCUCUGCUGGGGGUCUAGCAACCUUUCUGCACUGUGACAACUUCACAAAGAUGUUACCAAGCAAUGCCAGUGUGAAAUGUUUAAGUGAUGCUGGAUUUUUCCUGGAUGAACGAGACAUAAGUUUGAAUUUGACCAUGAGGUCCUUCUAUCAUGAUCUAAUCACUUUACAGGGGAUAGAGAAAAAUCUAAAUCCAAAUUGCAUGGCAUCGAUCAACGAUCCGAAGCUGUGUUUCUUUCCCCAGUAUGCAUUGAAGUAUAUCACAACGCCCUAUUUUAUCUUGAACUCGGCUUAUGAUGUAUACCAGUUUCAUCAUAGUUUGGUUCCGCCUUCUGCCGAUCCGCACGGGCACUGGAAUCGUUGCAAGCUUAAUCCGGCAGCAUGCAAUGCAACCCAGAUUAAUGUAUUGCAAGGAUUGAGGCGAGAUAUGCUUUCAGCGCUUUACUCAUUCUUCAGAAAUUCAGGAAGAGGAGGAAUACUUAUAAAUUCAUGCUUUGCUCAUUGUCAAAGUGAGUCACAGGACACAUGGUAUGCAGCUGAUUCUCCAAGAAUACACAACAAGACCAUUGCAGAAGCAGUUGGAGAUUGGUACUUCGGUAGAAAAAUAACCAAAGAGAUUGAUUGCCCCUAUCCAUGCGACAAGACAUGCCACAACCUUAUACCCUCACAACAGGUUUCACUCAGAUAGAUGAUUCUUUCUUUACCUGCGACAAAUUAUCCCGUAUACAGAUGUAAAAACCGGACCGGUGGUUGAACCGGUCAGACCACUAAUUUUUAGUUUGAUCGGUUGAACCAUCGGUUUGAUAAAAAUGAAAUAAAAGAUUAAAAAAAUUAUUACCUU